UUAAACACUGCCUCUUUCUUCAGUGUUCCCGCCGCGUUCCUCACCACAACACCAUCAUGGCUUCUGCUCUACGUCUCCUCUCCAUCAUUUUACUGUGUUUCCUCUUUCUCCAUUUCACUCUCUCCGCCCCACAACGAAGAAGAACAAGAGGGAGAGUUAAAGAAGAGAACUGGAUUCAACAAAUGAAGGAAGAGGAGAAAGGAUCAAACAUCAUGGAAACUUUGAUUAAUUUUGUACGUGAUCAACUUACUUCACGGAACAAGGGUAACUGUGGUGGCAGGAGGUGUUACAGCGGCACUAACGCACAAGAGGAGGAACCUGUCAUCAUUGCUCUAGAGAAACGUAAAAGAAACCAUGACAUCUCUGUUCUCUUCUCCAUAUUGUACGACGAUGAGGCACCCUGGGGGCCCUGUACCCGCUCCUGCACCACCAAGAGAGUCAGGUCAGAUUAGGUCAGGUCAGGUCAGGGUUAAAUGCAUAUAGUGCGUAAUGCAGUAUAUAUAUGUACAUUACCUUCCAUUGCUAAUCAAGAUAGAGACAUGAUUUGAACCCCUUAAAACCUUUCUUGAUGCGAUUUGAUCCCUUACGUGAUGCCUUAAACCCUUCCUGACAUGAUUUGAACCCUUAAGUCCACUAACAUGACUUAUUAAACCCUCACUAACAUGAUUUAAACCCCUAAAGUGAUGCCUUAAACCUUCCUUGACAUGAUUUUAACCUCUAACGUGACCUAUUAAACCUUCCCUGACCUUUGAACCCCAUAUAUAACCCCCGCCUGACCUUUUGAACCC